GCCUUACUCUCCUUCUGCCGCCUUUUCAGUCCUUUCAAAAGCGCCAAAAACCGUCAACGAGACCACCACGCGUCUGCCUCACCCUGCACUUCAUUUUAAGUUUCACACUUUUUUUAUUUUAUUUUAUUUUUUUGGAUUCCGCUUGACAGCGUCCCGCAGAAGCUCUGCCGAGGACAUCGAUGCAGGUUUGUGCGUAGAGGGACAGCGGCGACGCACAAUGAGGAGGUUAUUAACCACACCUUUGCACCUCUCCUCCGGCACCUCUUGACUGUCUUUGCGGCGCAUUAAGAUGCGUUGGAGAGGAGUCGGAUGAUGAACUUUUUACUGCGUCCUGGAAACUUUUCCCACCCAAGUUGCGUGUAUUGGAGGAUUCUCCCAAAUUGAUCGUGUCUAAAAUUAACUGGAAGAUUCAUGAUGGUUCGUCUGUCUCGGAUCCAACUGGCUCUCUUCUUUAUCUUGCUCUGCCCCGUCAAGAUUAUCGGACUUUGGUGGGCGGCGGGCAGUCCACUGGUAAUGGACCCGAACAGCAUAUGCAGGAAGGCGAAGCGUCUGGUUGGCAAGCAGGCCGAACUCUGUCAGACCCAGCCGGAAAUAGUAAAUGAGGUGGCCAAGGGCACAAGGUUGGGCAUUAGAGAGUGCCAAUACCAGUUCAGGUACCGCCGAUGGAACUGCACGAGCCACAACAAAUACUUUGGCAAAAUACUGCAACAAGAUAUCCGAGAGACUGCGUUUGUUUAUGCCGUCACAGCUGCCGGCGUGACCCACGCAGUGACGCAGGCCUGCAGCAUGGGGGACCUGCUGCAGUGUGGCUGCGAGGCAACCAGGAACCGAGCCCCUCCGAAACCUCUGUCGUCCUCCACUGGAGACGGAGUCAAGUGGGAGUGGGGCGGCUGUGGAGAUGAUGUGGAAUUUGGGUAUGAAAAGUCCAAACAGUUCAUGGAUGCCAAGAGGAGAAGGGGCAAAAGCGACAUCAGGACACUCAUUGACCUGCACAACAAUGAGGCCGGGCGACUGGCGGUGAAGCUCUACAUGCGGACCGAGUGCAAGUGCCACGGACUGUCCGGGUCGUGCACGUUACGCACUUGCUGGAAGAAGAUGCCGCACUUCCGCGAGAUCGGCGACCGCCUCCUGGAGCGAUUCAACGGCGCCUCCAAGGUGAUGGGCGGCAACGACGGAAAGACUCUCAUCCCCGUGGGCCUGAACAUCAAACCUCCCGACAAACAGGAUCUCAUCUAUUCGGACGAGUCGCCAGAUUUCUGCCUGGCGAAUCGGAAAACGGGUUCACUGGGGACGCGGGGACGCAUGUGCAACAGCACCGCCAUGGACAUCAGCGGCUGCGAUUUGCUCUGCUGUCAGCGUGGCUACCGGGAGGAAACUGUGGUGUUUGAAGAGAACUGUCUGUGUCGUUUCCACUGGUGCUGUGUGGUCCAGUGCAAAAAGUGCUUGGUCCGAAAGGAGCUUAGUCUCUGUCACUGAUGAACUGGCUCGGCCUCCUUGGUUGUAAUUACUUCUUUCAAGACAUCAAACCUUUUGCCUCGGCUAUUCGGAAGGAAGAUGCUGACGGCUUUUAAUACCCUUUUUUGCACCUCUCCUGCCUACAAAAAUGUCAGAAAACACUUUCCACUUUUUGGCAAUGCUAUUAUUGAUUGCCUCGAUUUUUUUUGACAAACCUGUCUGGAAACUCUGUAGAUGCUUGACAAAGACACAGAAGUAAAAACAUGGAUAUGUCUCGUCUCGGAACUACCUAUUUUUGCUUUUGUUUGAAUCAAAAAGAGCCAAAGAAUGUGAAUUUGUGUAAGUUCAGAAAUAUUUUAUAGGGCACCU